GGCACAAAAAAAAAAAUGCUGGCUUUGCCUAGCUCCAAGGCAACGCCGUGGCUUUACUCAGGAGGAGUCAGGAUCAUGGGGAUGUCUCUCCCCACACAGAAAGCGGAGGGAAAUUUGAAAUUCUUCGAAAUGAUGCUAGCAAGUCCCCACCAUCACAGAACAUCAACUCGACCUGAGAUGCUUGAAGAUGAUGCAUGAUGAUUUCCCCAUCAAUACCUAGCAAGGGAGUACGCUAACGUUAUCGAUUAAAGAUGGAGCUGCAGCUGGAGGUUGUGUUGUCAUCGAGCAUCAAACGGAAGAAACCAUGGCCACGGUUCUGUUGGCUCGGAUUGGAGAAGGAGUCUGUUUUCCUGCUAGAUGACAAGCGGAUCAGUGAGAUCAACAUGGUGUCUGGACACACCAAGAAGAAGACCCCCAAGCUGCAGCCCCUGCUCCCCAGGGUGGUAACCAUGGCCGCAUCCCAGAAUGGUGUGUGGCUUGCCGGAUUGCUGGUCUCAGGAGAGAUGUUUCUAUGGAGCAGGGACAAAGACUUCUUGAAGACCGUGGCAGCAGUCCCGACAGAAGCUCAGCUCGUCACUGCAGCACAAGGGUCUGGCGUGUGCCUGUCUCUGGUAGUUUCAGGGGAUGGGAUGCGGGUGCUGCUGUUGACUGUGACAGGGCAGGUGUUCCUGUGGGAGUGUGUGCACGCGCGUGACCUGGCAGGGGUACGGGAUUGUACUGCUAGAGGACGCUGGGCACAGAUACAGCAUCCUGGAAACACUGCUCUGCCAUCCCCAAAGGACAAGGAGGCAUCUCAACACAGCAUCUUCGUCAGAGGGGAGGCAGUGGGCGAUAUCUGCUUGUCAGCUUUUGUUUUCACCUCGGAGGUGGAGCUAAGUGUCACUUUCCUAAAGAUCCAAUGGGAAGAGGGUCAGAGGAGCAGUCCUGUGGGGUACAGUGUACGCUGGGUCACUAAGACAUACCCCAUGUCCUGCCUCACACCACCCUGUCGUCCGGUGAGGUCCAGGGGGUCACUGGUGCCAGCCUUCUCCCCUGAUGGCCUGCUGUUAGCUGUAGUCCUGAACCAAAGAGACCCAAGGGCUACGCAGGUUCUCUUUGUCAGCACUCAGAACUUUGUGAUGGUCUCCAGUGGACUGGGGGGGUGUGGCAGCAAGAAACUCGUCAUUCCUUCUAAAUACGUGAGGUCGUACUGGGUGGGCAGUGUGAGCUGGGCUGCGGGAGGGCUCUACCUGGCCUGUGUGCUGAAGAGGGGCUCAUUCCUCAUGCUGGCUCGUCUGGGGGGGCUGCUCUCUCUGUCUACCUCAGGGUGCAGUGUGGACUUUGGCCCUGCUCACUUCCUGCCCCUGCAUCCGCUAGUCACUUACAGACCUCCAGUCUCUGUCGGAGGGGCUGGGGUUGACCCUCUGUCCAGCUCUAGCCUGUCUGUACGGGAUGUCCUGAGACAGCGCUACUCUGUGACCUGGCACCCGCGGCUGCCCUACCUCAUUGUGUCUGAUGGCUACAUGGCCACAGUGCUGCGGGUCCCUGAGCAGCCCUCCCCCGCCACCCUCCUCAGGGCUCUGCUGCACGACACCAGCCAGGGCCUGGAGAGUGCCAGCCGGGCACUGGAGCGAACACAGCCCCAUGCCAGGGUGUGGCUGGAGUCCAUAUCCUGUCUGAAUCCUAGUAGCAGUCUGCAGGAGCUGAGAGCCAGGCCCACACCUGUACCUACCCCAACAGCCACAGCUACAUCCACCCUGCCCCUCUUCCUGCAGGACCAGGGAGACCUGGGGGACACCAGGGAGCUGAUCCAGAGAGUUCAGGCUUUGUUUGAGGAUGACUCUGAUCUUGAAGGACCGCCCGCUGGUUCACAUGUGGAGGACCACGGUCGGCUGGAGUUUGCCUCCAUGUUCGACACCCUCCAUGCCCUCUCAGACACCCUGGCUGAUCUUGACCCCAGUUCUCGCCCUGACCCUGAUGCUAGCUCUGCGGACUCAGAGAGGAAUCCCCCAGCCCUCCCUCCUGAGCUCCGGGGGGUCCACGGCAGCUUGCUGACAGCCUGGGCUCUGGGUGUGUCAUUGGGUGGCGUUAUGGAGCAGAGAGAGCGUCUGCUGAAGUACACAGUCCGCUGUGCGGUCCGCUUCGCUGCUCUCCUCCGUCUAAUUUCCAUCCCCAGCUCCCACACGGGAAAGAGAAAGAACAGCACCAUUCCCUUCUCCUCCCGCCUCCUCCACCUCCUCAGAACCCUUCUCUCUUUCCUCCCCUGGGGUGCCCCUCACACAGGGGGGAGGAGUUGCCUGGGUUUGGUUGUGGAGCUAACUCAACAGCUAGUGGGCCUGCUCCUCUCCUCGCCCCCUGACCUCUCUCAGACUGGCCAGGCUAGCUCUGAGCCCUCCUCCCAGACCCUGUCCACAGCUCUGCUCCUCCUGCAGCUGACCUCCCACAGUAUGGACCACACCUACAGCCUCCAGCAGAAAUGUGCCCACACAGAUGUCUACUGUGUGCUAUUCCUGCAGGAGGAGGGAAGAGGGCCAUCACAACAGGAUCUGCCUCUCCCCCAGUGGCCAUCUAGCAGAUUGCGGGGAGCGUGGCGUGCAGUAUACAGGCACACCCUGCAGUACUGGGAGGAGCUGAAGUACCGAAGGAGUGGUACGGACUGGAAGGAGGAGCAGGGCCGUGUGUCUGUCAUCCUGUCCCAGAUCCAGACAGCUCUACAGGGGAUGGGAGAAAGGCUGGAGGAAGGGCCCACUCUGCUGAGCUACACAGGGGAACAGCACUUCCUGUUUGGUUCCUACUCAGAGAGUGCUCAGACUUGGAGAGCUGAGCUGUGGGCAGAGAGAGAGAGAGAUGGGCCUCGGAGUGCGUUCUUGGAGACACGUCUGUUGCUGUCCCUGCUGUAUGGACUGCUGUUCCAGUACCGUCUGAAAGAGGCCCAGGGGCUGGGGGACCACAUGGCCCGUCUGCUACUCCAUCAGGCUGGACCACAUGGGGACGAUAGUGCCCACAACGCUGAGGAGGCUCUUCCUGGCUCCUGGCUGCCUGGAGAGGUCCACAGGGAGGCAGCCUGUGCUGUAGUUCAGACUCUGGGAAGGUUCAUGGCCUCAUAUUUCACCAACCAGCCCCUUCUCAUCCUGCCCCCUCACAGUGUGGAUGUACUGCCUCCCUUACACCUCUCCCAUGCCCCAGGUGUAGGGCGCCUGGUGCCCCUGUGCCAGGAGGGUGUGGCGGGGGCUGUGCGGGGUCAGCAGCUGUCAGAAGUGUGGACGGUGGACUAUGCCCUGGACCUGCUGCUACAGGGGGGGCUGCUGCCGGAGGCCACCUGGCUAGCUCAUCGUCUGGGGGACUGGAAGACUGCAGUCUCCCUGGGCCUGGCCUACACCACCUACUCCACAGAGCACUGCGACUUCACCGGGCUCAGGUGGCGAGAACUACAUCUCCCAGCAGCCCUUGAGCCUGUGAGCCUCUUUCAAGGUCAGCUGGAGUCUCUACUGGGCAGGAAAGCCAGGUCAGAGGAGACCCAAGGAGACGAGGAGAACUACAAGAGCUUCACAGACUCUCUGGAAGGUGAGGACGUGGAGUUGUUGCAGGGUUCCGUGCAGGAGAUCCUGAAGGCAUCAGUCAUGGCUGGGGUAGAUGUGUUGUCUCAGCCCCUGGGGGCUCUACUGGACUCAGCCAAAGACCUGUCCUCCUGCCUUCCUGCUCUGGUGCCUAUGGGCCUGUACCUGCCUGCGCCGCCACUCUACUGCCCCCAGCCUGCACCCAACACACAGGAUCCGUCAGGGGGAUUUGGGCAGCUGUUGGAGGGGGCGUCCCGUCACAGGGUGUCAGGGGUCCUCCAGAGGGUGCUGCUGCUCCUGAGGUCUGCCCGCUGCUCCCGUCCAGCUGCCCAGUGGUACAUCAGCCACCUGCGACGCUCCCGACAUCGCCUAGACAAGAUCCGUCAGAAGUACUCCCAGCAGCAGUGUGUGACCAAGGCCUUCCCAGAGGCUCUGAUGAAGUUUGUGACCCGCAGUGGAUUCUUCAGACUGGGACCCAGUGGGGACGGAACCAUGGACUCUGUCACUAUACAAACUAUCAUCUGCUUCAGGGAGCUGUGUGGCCUGUGUUGGAUGCUGAAUGUCAGAGACCAGCUCUCAAUGUCUUGCAGGAAGUAUCAGGCUGCAAGGAACCAUGGGAGAGAUCCCCAGGUCCCAGCAGAUGACAGCGGGGUGACCGCAGCCUGCGAGGAGGCUCUCCACUGGGCCUGUCGUUUCCUUCCCUUCUCCCGAUUCCUCAAUGCUGAGGAGAUCCUCCAGGACACCCUCCUCAGCUUGGUCUCUGAACUACCCCCUGUACCCCUGGUGGCAGAGACUCUGGUGCACGCCUUCCCUGAGGAGGAGGAGUCAGUCAGGGUCCCUCUGAGAGAGAAGUACAACUCACUCCUGCGGAGACUGAGGCACUGCACUGUCCCAGCCUCAGGACAGAACGGUGAGAAGAGGGAUGAGGAGGAGGGAGAGGAGGUGAUGAUGAUUCUGGUGCAGGAGCGGCUCAGACAGAGGAGGAAGGACCUGAAGCGUCUGGCCAGGCACCUGGCUCCCCUGGAGCUCUACCUAUGGGAGAGGGAGGAGGAGCAGGACAGGGGGGGAGGAGGGCAGGGGGCUGUAGCCCUGCUGGAGAGAUUCUCCCUGGGGGCCAGUCUGAGUAACAGCACCCUGACGGACUGUGGGCGCCCCCUGGUGUACAGCGAUGGAGACACGGCCGAGAACUCCGUGGCUCUCUCACCUGACCUGCACAGCAGGCCUCCUCACAGCAUCAGCAAGAGAGUGAGGGUGCAGGACCGAGCAGACAAGCCUGGAAGUCAAGUAGGAGUAGUUGAGGGUGGGAGCACCCAGGAGGAAGACCAGAGCUGCACGGGCCCAGCCCAGGACCCUACUGUGGGGGAGGACAGCCCCUCUCUUACCCUGCCCGUGGUGGGGACCUGGGAGUUUGAGUUGGAGGAUGCAGAGUACCUGCGUUUCCUGGAGCUCUUCCUCAGCUACGUGUUGGAGAAGGACGGUCCUGACCCAGACGCAGGCUGUGACCCUCCCCUGCUGAAGGGCUUCUGUAGCCAGCUGAGAGAGAGGGAGCUGCACUCCCUCACCUUCGAUGUCCUCACCACCCUCCGCCGCCGCCAGAGAGAUGGGCACCAAGCGACCAGGAGGCAGGGGGGCAGUGACGCCCCCGUGUUCAGAGCAGGACACUGCUACAAACCAGUACUCGUGACCACCCCUUUGUUUCUCCACAGUGAGCUCCCUACACCCAGACCCAGCAUGUCUGUCAGUGUCCUGUCCCUUCCUGGGCUCAGGACUGGCAGGCAGCAGGGGUUGUUUGGUUUCAGUCUGCAGGCCAGGUCAGCCAGCCCAGCUCCAGAACCCGCACCUCAAAGAAGCCGCCUUGGCUCGAAGUCGAGCCCUGGUCAGAGUUCUGUUCCCUGGGAGCAACCAUCGGAGGGCUGGGCGUUCGGGCCUCUGUGCUCCGUGGAGGCUGUAGAACUGCAGCAGGAGCUGGAGCCCAAGCUGGAGGCCCAGUUCCCAGGGCUGGGCAGGCUGUUGGAGUGGAUGGUGCGCUGGGCUGAUAAGAGGGUGUUGCUGGGACAACCCAGCCGGAUGAAGGAGAGGGAGGCGGGCGGAGGAGAGGUAGCUGGAGGUGGGGUGGUUAUUCGGGUCAAAGCCUCGGCUCCUGCGGUGCUCACGGCCCUCAGCAUGUUGGAGCACAGGUACACCGCCGCCCUGUUAGGCAUGGACCACUACAACGCAAACUUACAGGUUCCAGAGAGGCAAUGGACAGUGGCUCCAGUGUUGCAGCCUGAGGUGGGCUGGAAGCUGGAGAGGGAGAGCAGUGUGGAUACAGGUUACCCUGCAUCAGCUGGCACACCCAUUACUCUGCCAGACCAGGAUCCCCAACACUGCGAACUGUCCUAUGGCUCACAGACUGAGGGGGUGGAACGAGUGACAUCCCAAGAGACCUCACAGCUGUCUGACCCUGUGGGAGUGAACUUAAACCCUGAUAGUGGGGUGGCAGACUUCCCAGACAACAAGUGUGACCUUUCUGCUGAAAAAGGAGAGGACAGCAAUGCUGACGAGGCCUUGAGGUCGUCAGCCUCUCUCGCCAUCCUCAACAUCUCUGUCCACAUCAAGAGCCUCCGUCCAACACUGAGCCCACCAGGCCAGGCAUUAACGCUGGCAGAUCUACGGUGUUCAGAGAGGGAAGAGGACAUUGUCAGCUCUCAAGAGGAGGCAGAGAAUCUGCUGUCUCAUGGCUCCCUGAGAAGACCAUCAGAUAUUACUGAAGAAGUGACAAGAAAUAUAACUCUGAGUGAGGUUUCAGGAUCAGACAGCCCUCCCAAUGCCAGCUUCCAACCCCUUCCCGGGGCAGGGCCUCAGGCUGGGGCUCAGGCAGCAGACUCUGCCCCUAACGGCGGACUGCCCCAGGAGAGCACCAAUACGACCCCUGCCCCUGCCUCUGCCUCUGCUCCCAACCAGACCCUGCCUGCCCAGACAGACCCCGUCAGACAGCUCUUGCAGGAUGAGCUAUUCAGACUGGUCCAGUUGCAGCAGAUCAACUUCAUGAGUUUGAUGCAGGUGGUCGGAGCGUCGUUUGUCAACCUCCCAGUUUUACAGAACAACACACUCCCGGCCCAGUCCAAUGUGCCCUAUCCACACCCCAAUACGCCUCUGUCCCACCCUAACACUCUCCUCCCUCACCUGAAUCUGACCCCCUCCCAGAACAACAUGUCCCCUAUGCCCCAGACCCAGAGCUCGGUUCAGGCCCCUCUAGCCUCGGAGCCCCUGUCUGGGGGACACAGACGCGCAGACCAACCCCCCAUCCACGAAAUGCAGCCAUUGGCCGUCCACCCUGAGCCGUUGAGAGAUAUCCAGGGGCAGACCAGGACAUUGAUCUCAUCCUCUCAUGGGCUUCAGACCACUGUGGACCCCACCUGCAGUGCCCCUCUGCUACUGCCCUUUGGUGGUAGUUCACAGGUUACUGCUCCCUACAGCUCAGGACUGAAGCUGCUUCAGCUGCACCCUCCCCUGCUGUCCCUCCAGCGGCAUGGUAAAACGGCCCCUGUACGUGAGGCCUGGGGACCCCCAUCUGAGAGGAGACCCAGCACUGCCGUGCCCCCCCACCUGAACCCCAGCCAGUAUGACCCAGCCGCUCUGAGGAGGGCAGAGGAGAGAUCGAGGGAGGCAGAGAGAGAGUCCACCGCGCCACCAUCACACCUCAAUCUGACACAGUAUGCCCACUAUCCCUCCAACCAGGCCCCCAGGAACACACUGCCCCCGCUCCAGAAUCCAGAGACCAGGGUGGAGAGGUCCAGAGGGGCUGAGCCCUGUCACCUGCCUCCUACCCUCCCAUCCCACAGACCUCCCCCGGUCCACGGCCUCCCCCUCCUCCGCUUCCACCCUGACCCACGCCCCCCUACGACCUUCGCUCUCAUACCCCUCCCACACUCCUCCAGGCCCCUGACUGUCACCCCAGCAGCCAUGGGCCACAACCCCAGACUACAGCUACUCCAGAGGGACGCAGACCCUCCUAGGAUGAUGCUACCUGAAGCCACCCCUCCGGCCCGCGUGCCACAUCUCAUCCCUCUGGGGGAGCUGAUGGGCUGGGCUGCAGGGAGACAGAGGGGGGCAGAGGGCAGACUUCAACUCCUCAGAGUGGACCCACAGGCACAGAACCCUACCCCUGCAACACCCUCCACCAGAACCAACUCCAGCAGCAGGCAGAAGAGACGAGUGGAGAGGUUGAGGAGAGAGGGAGAGAAAGCAGAGGUCACAUUUAGACCGGAGGACUCCAUCAUACUCCCGCUAGAGUGCAAUGAGGACGAGCCUGCAGAGCCUGUUCUUGGGGAGGGCUAUGUCUUCCCUCUUGGGACAUUUGACUCCGUGCUGACUGGUCAGGGAUUGGUGGACAAGGCACUGUCUACUGCAGCUGAGCUCCAUGCCUUUGCCUCUACACACAAGAGGCCUCCUGAGAGCCACGAUGCCUGCACCAACACAGACCCAGCUUCUCCUCACUCAGAUACAGGCAUUUCUGCCCAACCUACUGUCACUUCUGCUGCUUCUGGACCUGCUUCUCUCCCUCCUGAAUUGUUCCUGAAUCUGCGGUUCCCUAGAGACCCUCCUGUCCACGACACAGAGACAUCGGGGGAGAAACGACCCGAGAGAAACACGGGUCGUCAGUUCAUAAAUGUGAUAGAUCUGGAGGAUGGGGCCCUGCUACAGGAGUUGCCAUCGUGCCCCCGCCCUGCGGUGCGGGACCAUGACGUCACCCCGUCUCAGCCCUCUCCCCCCACCUCAGCACAGCUCCACCUGCUGGCAGCCUCCGUCACCAACUCAGCCCCUUCGGAACUCACUGCAGACACCAGCACAGAGGACGACCAACUCCAAGCUCAGCCAAGUGGUCUGAGUCAAUGCUUCUCUGUAGCGUCCCUCCCACCUGCCCACCCUGAGCCCAGUGGAGACCCAGUGACUCGCAGUCUGCUGCAGGAGAGGAGAGCCCCAGGCCGCUCCCUGGAGACCCAUCGUGGAGCUCCAUCCAGGGCCCCAGUGAUCCAGGUGGCUGCCCGUCUGUCUGAGAUGGACGCCCAGCUAGCUGCCUUGCAGAACAUUGCAGAUCACAUGGAGAGAGAGUUUGCCAAUACCAGACUGCUGGUGAGAACCAUUGAGACUCUGGGUCCUGCCAUGGCUCCUGAAAGGGUGGAGGGAAGAACACCAGUGAACAAGACAGUGACUCUGGCCGUCUCACCAGAAGGGUGGCGAUCACGUCUGUCCGUGCACCAUGACCCUGAGCUAGCGGGACUUCGACCGGAAGAGGAGGAGCAGGAGGAAGGACCUGAUAGUGUCGUAGUCAGCUCUGCUCCUUGGGUUGUGAAACAGCCCUCCUCUCUUUCUCCUCACGCUCAUGCCGUCCAGAGCACCUCGACCCUGCACCAGCCCACACCCACAGGCCUGUGGUUGUCUCCCGUCAGACCAGAACCAGAGCAGCGUGUGUGGGACAUGGGUCAAGAUUUAACAGACACUAUGGAUGGAGCACCUGGAACAUGGGCAGAGGAGACUCUGGGUCUCAGUGGGCUGAGUGAUGUGGCAGACAUCUUGACGGAGUUGGUGAGGGGGGGAGGCAUCUCCCCCACGGCCCUGGGGCUGUCGCACACCCAAGCUGCCCGCCUCAACAGCAGGCUGGACCAGCAACAGAGCGGCAGGGUGGGACAGAGGGGCAUGCGAGCAGAGGAGGAGAGGCGAGAGCUGAGGGUUUGGAUGAGAAGGAAACAGAGGGAGAAACUGGUCGAGUACCGCAGACAGAGGGAGGAGAAGAGGGAGAGGGAACGCAAACCCUUCUCGGCCCCAGUCACACUGAAACCAACGUCCAAAGAUAUAAACAUCAAUAAGAAAAUCAAGGAAGAGAAAGACAAGACGGUUCUGCUGGAGCACCACAAUCAGCGGGCCCGCGAUGCCUGUAGUCUGAUCACAGACCUCCUCACCACCCCACUGACCCUGCCCACUAACGCCAACCGCACCCUGAACCUACCCUCCACCUCUUCACGACCCUCUUCCACACGACCCCUUACAGCUCAGACUGUCGGCAGCACCCGCAGCAGCCCCAGAGGUCGUAGUCUCUCUGUUGGGGGGAGGAGGAGGACCAGUACCAAACCCCAGACUGGGAGAGCCCGCUCCCUCUCCUCUCCAGGGGUGACACCACGUUCAGAAAGAAGGCCUGCGUCAUCAGGGGGGCAGGAGACACUGACUUCCAGAUUAGGACUGCACAGACCAGCGAGUUUUCUGCCAGGGGAUCGUCUCUCCCACGUGACCCGACGGGGUAUGAUCACAGACCUGAGGGGCAGGACUGGGACUGGGCUAAUGACACCCAGCCAGCAAGAGUGGAGAAGAGAAGUGAUCCAGUCGUCAUCUGGAUGGAGAGGUGGAGGAGCAAGGGAACAGAGAGAGACUGAAGAGAGGGAGGAGGAGGUGGUGAGCCCAUGGAACCCCCCUCCAGAGAUCUGCAGGUUGCUGGGGCUGGAGAACUCAGAGGGCCAGGGUGGUGUGGUGGCUAGAGCUGGGGGAGCAGGGCUGGACAGACUUGAUACCCUGUCAGAGAGCACUGGCAGCAUCCUCAGUAAACUGGACUGGGCUGCCAUUGAAAGCAUUGUGGCCUCGGAAGGGGCCAUCUGAUUGACUUCGAGCAUCCCCAUCGGCAUGCAGGGACGAGGAUGACUAUCUUGAGGGACAAGAGGAGCAGAGGGUCACAAGGGAAGGAUCACAACACAACAUUAAAACCAUUGAUGUGCUUAUAUGCUGUGAUAUUACUUGAAAGCGUCUCAACUGUUCAUGGGAGCAUGUGGAGGGUAGUCAGUACGGUGUGUCUUGUCAUGCAUCCUCUUGGUACCAGCAUGUACCAGAGAAUCAGCAUCAUCAUAUUGGUACUCAUGCCAUAUCUUUGUAUUGUAUGAGUUUGUCAUGUCUAUUUUUGGAGAUCCAGUGUGUGUAUAUGACAUUGUUAUUUUGGGUUUUAAAUACCUGCAUAUGUAUUUAUUUUUGUGUGAACUUAUAUAACCAGCUGAUGUGGGCGGCAGGGAGCCUAGUAGUUUGAGUGUUGGACUAGUAACCGAAAGGUUACACGAUCGAAGCCUGAGCUGACAAGGUAAAAAUCUGUCGUUCUGCUCCUGAACAAGGCAGUUAACCCAUUGUUCCUAGGCUGUCAUUGAAAAUAAUAAGAAUUUGUUCUUAACUGAUCUGCCAAGUUAAAUAAAGGUAAAAUAAAAAAACAUGUUGAUUUCCA